CCGAAGCCUAUCGAACGAGCCAUGUCCGCGGAGAAGAAGACCAAGAUCUUUUGCACGAUGGGCCCGGCGUGCUGGGACGUCGACACGCUCGUCGACCUCAUCGACGCGGGGCUCAACACUGCGCGCUUCAACUUUUCGCAUGGCGAUCACGAGGGCCACGGCGCGUGCCUCAAGCGCGUGCGCGAGGCGGCGGCCAAGCGGCCCGACAAGAACGUCGCCAUCCUCCUCGAUACCAAGGGUCCCGAGAUCCGGACCGGCUUCUUCAAGGAGUCGUGCAAUAAGAAGAUCCACCUCAAGGCGGGCCAGGACCUCGAGCUGACGACCGACUACUCCUUCCUCGGCGACGAGACCAAGUUCGCGUGCACGUACGACAAGCUGCCCACCUCGGUCAAGAAGGGCUCCACCAUCCUCAUCGCCGACGGCUCGCUCGUGCUCACCGUCAAGGAGUGCAAGGCCGCCUCCGUCAUCUGCCGCGUCGAGAACAACCAGUCGAUCGGCGAGCGCAAGAACAUGAACCUGCCCAACGUCAAGGUGGACCUGCCCGUGCUGCAGCCCAAGGACAUCGACGACCUGCAGAACUUUGGCGUGCCGAACAAGGUCGACUUCAUCGCCGCCUCCUUUGUCCAGUCGGCGGAGGACAUCCACUUCAUCAAAAAGACGCUCAAGGAGUCCAAGCACGGCGACGGCUCCGCCAUCAAGGUGAUUGCAAAGAUUGAGAACCAGGAGGGGCUCGACAAGUUCGACGAGAUCCUCGCCGCCACGGACGGCGUCAUGGUCGCGCGCGGCGACCUCGGCAUGGAGAUCCCGCCCGAGAAGGUCUUCCGCGAGCAAAAGAUGAUGAUUGCUAAGUGCCGUGCGGCGGGCAAGCCCUGCGUCGUGGCGACGCAGAUGCUCGAGUCGAUGAUCUCGAACCCGCGCCCGACGCGCGCCGAGUGCUCGGACGUCGCGAACGCGGUGCUCGACGGCACCGACGCCGUGAUGCUCUCCGGCGAGACGGCCAACGGCGCCUUCCCGCGCGACGCGGUCGCCAUCAUGGCGCGCACCUGCCAGCAGGCCGAGGCCAACCUCGCCGAGUCGGACGAGACGGGCUACGACCAGAUCUUCGAGCAGAUGAAGAAGACGAAGAGGGCGAAGCGCGUCUCGCUGGUCGAGUCUGCGUGUUCGUCUGCCGUCAAGAUGGCGACCGACAUCGGCUCCAAGGCGAUCAUCGUCCUCUCCGAGACGGGCGAGACCGCGCGGCUGCUCGCAAAGUACCACCCGCAGGCCAAGAUCAUGGCCGUCUGCAACGACAGCCGCAUCGCCAACCAGAUCGAGGGGUACAUGUGCAACACCUUGUCGAUCCUCACGCAGGAGAAGCGCGGCGAGGGCAGGCACGUCAAGGCGGGCUUCAAGGCGGGCAUCGCAAAGGGGAUCUUCGCGAACGGCGACGCGGUGGUGGUCGUCCACACCAUGCGCAACGGCGACGGGCUCAAGCAGUGGACCGUCCGCAUCCUCAACGUGUCCGAGACGCCUCUGGGUAACUAGAGCGCGCCGGCGCGGAGCUUCGCGCGAGGCGGGGACCCUGCGGCAUGCCCCUGAGACCCGCGCGCUGCGUGCGCGACACGAGCGCUGUCGCCUCGGCUGGGCGCCGUCGAGACUCUGCAUGCGACCCACCCCUCUGCAUGGAGCACCCCCUCCACGAGUCACAACACUUUACCUGAACUGCUUUUGUUUUGAGCGCGGCGCUGUCUGCGCGCCGCUGCGUAUUUAUGAAAAUGGGAAUUAUUGACCC